AUGGCCUUCGCAAUCGUCUGCCUCGGGCACAAGUACCAAGUCGAUCAGCUCGUCGCGCAGGGCAUCGCGCACCCCAUCGAGUGCUACACCGGCGAUUUGGACGAGCCGCGCGACGCGAUCACCGCGGCGCUCGAUAUCGCGCACCUCACCAACACCAGGUCCGUCCUCCCAAUGGCGUACCUCCACACGUGCAGCGCGGGCGCGAGGCGUAGCGGAUGCUGCUCGGAGCGCUUGGGGUCGCCGGGCCUGGAGCGGGUCGUCGACGCGCGGUCGAAGUUGAUGGGCUAUGCGAGCAGGCGGUCGUCCAGAUCUUCAAGGGGGACAGGGAUAUGGGUUGCAUUGUGGUAG